AUGAAUUAUGACGUCCUUAUUAUUACCAAUGGUACAGCCGUGCAAGUGGAAGAUAGGUUAAAGGACAUUAACAAUCAGACAGGAAACGACAUUCCUGAUAACGCAAGCUUAACCUAUUUGGAUAGCUUCCCUGCAUUAAUAGAUUAUUUAAGUAUGCAUUUUGGCACUCAAAGACAAUUUGACGGAAAAGUGGUCUUUAUGUUUUUUGAAGGCAUAGAAUUCAUACAACAAUUUCUUAAUGAUGUCAUAGAUUACUACAAUACUUGCACUAUGGGACCUCCUUUAACUCCCGAAAGUUACUUUUAUAACACUUACACAUGCGGUCGUCAACCUUCUUAUUCUGAAGGAAGAGACCCUCCAUCUCCUACGUACAUUUCACCCUAUUCCAAAAAGUCUUCAUCGCACCGUCAACUGUGGCUGGAUUCUACUACUUGUUUCACCAUGUUGUCAAAUUGCUACUACUACUUUGAUAAGUCUAUUUCAAAGGACUUUGAUAACUCUGAAUGUCCCUUCAACACAGUGUGCAUUUUCGCUAACGACAUUUUAAAGAAAAUGAACUUCAUGGUUGGCAGAAUUAGAUGCUUAUUUAUUGAUGACGAAAACUUAACAGGAGGGAAGAUAUACCCCUUACAGCAUUUGAUGAUAAACUUCCCUCGCAUAGAGAAACUCGAGUUGAAGUCCUAUCAGGAGUUUAUGUUUAAGGAUAUGGUGUGUUGA